UUUGUAAAUAAAAAGAGUUGAUCGUUUGUAUUGUUACUUGUGUGGCAAUUAAUUGACAAUUCAUUCAAUGUGAUUAAAUAAUUUCACCUAAAUUCUUACAAUUCGUCUUCAGUUCAAUCAUAUCAAUGAUCAUUAUGAUUGAUUAAAACGACAGUAAUCUAACAAUAAUUAACAAUUAAUCUUCCAAGUUUAACCUUUCUCUCAAUCGAUCUCAAUGUUUACUUAAUGCUUUGGAAGGUCAAAUUAUCUUAAUUGUUAUCGUUUUUAUUUUAUUUCAAUCAAUAAUUGUGAUUUUUUCUUUAAUUGAAUCACAAUCACAACCAGUUUAAUUGUUUGUACUUAAAAAAUUAGAACAUAAUUAUUAGAAAAAGUCUCAUUUUAUUGUUUCUGCUUUUUUUGUAAAUUCUUUGGGUCUACAAUAUUGGAAAUCGUUAAAUCAUCAUUUUAAUCAAUCAAAUUGGGAGCAAUUGAUUGAGCAUCAUCAUCAACGAUUUAUAAUCAUCAUCAUGUUUUGUGGUGUUGAUCUGUUACUUUUUUGUUGGAUAAUCGCUGGUUAACCGUUAAUACUUAUUUUCCAUUCUUUAACCUCAAUCAACUACGAGAAUAUAAAUUUGAUUUACCAAUUUAAACUCUCCAACGAUUAUCCAUCAAUAGGAAGUUUAUUUUUGCUAUUUGUUAUUAAUCAUCUGUGACAAUCAACAAAUCGUCAUCACAAUGAGUAAAGGAGCUUUCGAAGAUGUUGAAUUGGGUGAUCCAAGUUUCCAUCGUCUAAGUUUCGUGCCCAAUUUAAUUGCAAUUAAAACCAUGUACGGAGUGAUUAAAGUUUCCAAGGAAGGAGCUGAUCUUUCACCUAAGAAAUCAGUAAUUAUCACUUAUCAUGAUAUUGGUCUUAAUGGUACAUCAAGUUUCAGAACUUUUUUCAAUUAUCAGGACAUUCAAUCCAUUCUAUCCAAAUUUACUGUUAUUCACAUAAAUGCUCCUGGUCAAGAGGAUAAAUCACCUCGAUUAAGCGAUGAAUUUAAUUAUCCAACUAUGGAUCACAUGGCUGAUCAAAUUGGUGCUAUUUGUAAGCACUUCGAGAUAAGUCACUUCAUCGGAUUGGGAGUCGGUGCUGGAGCCAAUAUUUUAUCUCGAUUCGCUAUUCGUUAUCCCGACUUCGUUGAUGGCCUGUUCCUGAUCGAUUGUACUUCUACCGUGGCCUCUUGGUCCGAAUGGGGUUAUCAAAAUUUGAAUAUUCAUUACCUUAAAAAUUUGGACACUUCAGGCCUUGGGUCACUGGCACCAGCCGCUGUCACCGAGUAUCUUUUAUGGCACCAUUUUGGUGUCAUUGAUGAGGAUCGAAAUCAAGAUUUGAUUUUUCAACUUCGAUCUUAUUUCUCAGAGAAAAACAUUCAUCCUCAUAAUUUGGCUCUUUUCAUUGGUUCCUAUUUAGCACGUUCAGAUCUUGGCUUGGUCAGAGGGUCACCCAGUCAAAAUUUCCGAUGUCCAGCCCUUCUGAUGACCAGUUACCAUUCACCUCAUAUAGAGGAUACGAUUUACAUGAAUUCCCGUUUGAAUCCUGAAUCAUCCCAAUGGAUGAAAUUAUCUGAUUGUGGUAUGCCGUUGGAAGAACAGCCUGGAAAAGUGGCCGAAGCCUUUCGUCUUUUCGUCCAAGGACUUGGUUACAGCCUUAAAGCUAACUAAUUAAUUAAUUCACGAUAUUAACCGAAUCCAGCCUUCGAAAAUUUAACAAUCAAAACCUCUCAUCUCAAAUUAAAACUAAGACAAUCAUCAUUUAACUAUCAA